CGGCACGUGCAUUUGUUUACAAUUGGUUCCCCAUGUUUGGUGGCUCAUAUUUAAUUUUAAAAAUAUAAUAAAACAAGAGAAAUUUGUAGAAAAUGGCAGAGAUAUUAAAAGAAAUUCAGGAGCGCGAUUUACCUGAAUAUGAAGCCAUUAAAUCCAGUGGCAUAUGUACCGAAGAGGAGUUGCACAAAUUGAUGCGAGAACGCGAACGUUUCGAGACAAAAAUCAUCCAGAGCAAGAAAAGUCUGGUCAACUACAUUGAAUACAUUCAAUUCGAGAAGAACACACACAAAUGGGUAAUGGAGAAGGAGAAACAAUUGCAUUGCACCUUGCCCGAUGUUAAGAGGUCGAUUAUACAGCGCAUCAUAAAACUUUAUAGGAAUGGUACACAACAAUUUCCACAAGAGGAGCGAUUAUGGAAGAGUUUCAUACAGUUUAGUAAAAAAUCAAAUCCGGGACAAGUUGCUGGUAUCUAUGAGAAAAUGUUGGCGUAUCAUGGCGAUAAGGAUGCUGUAUGGUGUGAUUUUGCCCUUUGGGCAUAUGAAUCCACAAAAAUAUUAAAAACUGUCACCGAAAUUUUCUUGCGUGCUCUAAAACGCAAUCCCACCUCAGAAGUUUUAAAUUUGGCAUUUUUUGAUAUUCUCAUAAAAGAAACGGCUCGCAUUACUGAUGUCAGUAGUACUCUCAAUGUUAUGGAACGUCAACUUGGUCUGGAGCGUGCCCUGCUGCUCUAUCGCAAUAACAGAUCGAAAAUAACUAAUGUCUCCUAUUAUCUAAAACUCUUGGAGAGAUGUGAAGAACCGGAAUAUGUAAACUGCACUGCAUUAUUGCAAAAGGAAAUUGUCGAAGAUAUUAUGAAAUAUUUCUUUGCCGAACCCAGUGUCUGGGAUUAUUUGGCCCAACGGGAGUUGCGUGGUUAUAACAUCGUAGAUUUGCAAGAGGUUACAGCGCUACAGGUGGCAGAGAUAAAAGACAAUCAAAUGGAUACUGGCGACAGCCCGCUAAUAAAUGAAAAUAUAUGGAAACAUCGAAAUCUAAAGGUGCGCAUUGAACUUUGUUUCAAGGCUUAUGAGAAGGCAGUAGAAGUUUUGCCCAAUGAAACCAUGUGGUCAUACUUCAUAAAUGCCAUGCUAGAUCUAAAUCAAGACAUGAGUACUGAGGGUGAUAUGAAGAGAUAUUGUUUGUCCAAAGCCUUCAAUAUGGGCCAUAAAUCGCAGCUGAUGAGUGUCACACAUUAUAAGGCUUUGGUGGAAAUGUUACUGAAAUCACCACCUAAUGGCAUUAGCCGAGUGGAGACCAUAUUGCAGGAAGUUGUAGAAUUUAAAAAUACCGUAGAAAUCUAUGAGUUAUGGAUGCAGGUGUAUAGCAAAACACAAAACGAGGCUAGAUUUUAUGAGAUAUUUAUCAAGGCCAAUAAAGAAUUGGGUUUUGCCAAAUGUGUUUCGCUCUGGCAUUUAGCUAUAAAAUUCUACGAAGCCUACUAUGAUGAAUAUCCAAAGAAAUUGCAUGGAAUUUUGCAGGAAGCUGCCAAACAAAUACACCCUGAAUUUGGAGUUUUUCGAGCUUAUCUAGUGGAGUACACAAUGAGAUAUGAAACGUUAAAGAAAGCAAGAGAAUUGUAUGAUGAGUUAUGUCAGAUUCCACCACCAUGCCUGGAGUUGCAUAGAAAAAUGGCAGAAAUUGAAAAGCAAGCCAAAACCAAGUCCAGCGACAUUUCACGCAUGCGCUUAUGCUAUGAAAAUGCUGUCCACUAUUUUGGCAAAUCCUAUACCGAUGUAUGGAUAGAGCUACUAAAGUUCGAACGUGACUUGGGUGACUUUAAGAAAAUGUCCCCCAUUUAUGAUAGAGCAAAAUCUACUUUAAAUCCCGAUUUGGUGGACUCUUUUAUAUCGGAAUAUUCGUUGCUUAAGGUAUUAUCAUAAGCUAUAAGUAUAGAUAAUUUAAGAA